ACAGAGGAGGUGGAGGAGAGAGCAUUCACAGCAGAGCAGAGAGCAGUCACAGAGAGGGCAGAGGAGAGAGCAUUCACAGAAGUGGAGAACAGGGAAGAGGAGGAAGAAGUAGAUGGGAACACUGACCCAGGAGAGAUCUCCAACCCAGGUUCAGACAGUGAGCCCAGUUCCACAUCAUCAGGAAGCCAUGAACAACACAGACGGAGGAACUCAAGACAGAAACAUCACCACUGCAUGGACUGCUUCACUAGUUUCUAUGAUCCAGAGGAGUUGAGAAGGCACACUUGUAGGCCCCGACCCUGCUCAGAUUGCAGUGGCAGUGUUAUUUGUCCAACUCACCUCAAAUCAAAACAGACUCAAAAAACGAUGGCGUCAUACCCGUGUGGUCAAUGUGGGAUGAGAUGUGAAACACCAAGCAAACUAAAGACGCACCAGAGAACUCACACAGGAGAGAAGCCAUACCACUGCACCAUUUGUGGAAAGGGCUGCAGUCAUUCGGACCAUCUAAAGACGCACCAGAGAACUCACACAGGAGAGAAGCCUUACCACUGCUCCCAAUGUGGAAAGAGUUUCAGUCAGUUAACAACUUUGAGAAACCACCACCUAACUCACACAGGACAGAAGUCUUACCUCUGCUCUCAUUGUGGGAAGAGUUUCAGUCAGUUAGCCAACCGAAAUACACACCAGUUAAUUCACACAGGAGAGAAGCCAUACAACUGCUCUCAGUGUGGGAAGGAUUUCAGAUCUCCAAGAGAAUUAAAGUCACACACGAGAACGCACACAGGAGAGAAGCCUUUCCACUGCUCCCAAUGUGGAAAGAGUUUCAGUCAGUUAUCAAGUCUGAAAAGACACCAACUAACUCACACAGGAGAGAAGCCUUACCUUUGUUCUCAAUGUGGGAAGAGUUUCACCACGUUAUCUGAACUGAAGCCACACCAGAUAACUCACACAGGAGAGAAGCCUUACCUCUGCUCUCAAUGUGGGGAUAGUUUCACCAGUUUAUAUUUCCUAAAGAAACACCACCUAACUCAUACUGGAGAAAAGCCUUACCUCUGCUCUCAUUGUGGGAAGAGUUUCAGUCAGUUAGCCAACCUAAAUACACACCAGUUAAUUCACACAGGAGAGAAGCCUUACCACUGCUCUCAAUGUGGGGAUAGUUUCACCAGUUUAUAUUUCCUAAAGAAACACCAGCUGAUUCACACGGGUGGAAAGCUGUUCCAAUGCUCCCAGUGUGGUAAGAGUUUCAGUCAUUCAUCAACUCUGAAGAAACAUCAGAUAACUCACACAGGGGAGAAACCUUACCACUGUUCUCAGUGUGGAAAGAGUUUCAGUCUGGUAGGAAACCUAAAGAGACACCAACUAACCCACACCGUAGAGAAGCCUUAACAAUGCUCUCAUUGUGGGAAGUGUGUCAGUCAUUUACACCACCUAACGUCCACCUAACGUAACGUAAUUCACACAGGAGAGAAACAACACCGCCGCUCAAUACCGCAACGUGUGGGAAGCGUUUCAGUCAAUCAGCAAAUUUGAAGAAGCAUCAGGGAAUUCAUACAGGAGAAAAGCUGUGUCGUUAGAUCUGAAGACACCCGUUUGUUCACAUAGGGGAGAAGCCUUAACUCUGCUAUCAAUGUGGGGAUAGUUUCACCAGUUUAUUUCCAAAAUAACACCAGCUAAUUAUGACUAAUAAUAACUUACCUUGUUAGAUAAAGGGGGUAAAAAAUGACUUGCAAAGGAUUGUGGCAGCUGCUCCCUGUGUGGAAAGCUUCAGUCAGUGAACAAAUUUGAAGACCCACCAUUUCACUGGCACAGUGUGAGGAAAAUAUUCAGUCUCCUAGGAGACCUAAAGAAACACCAGCUAACUCACCCUGGAGAGAUUCCUUACCAUGUUCUUAAAAUAAAGCUGGUAUGAUAAGGCUUUAUUGUGAACAUAUCCUUAUUUCAGGAAUCACCAAAAAGGCAGCACGGCAGAGAAAACUGAGUGAAGUUGACAUUGUGGAAUCCAUAGCUAAUAUCUGUCCAUAGAGAAUCCUGAGUAAUCACAGACAUCAUAUAUUCUAGUUGGAUUUCUACAUCGCUUUUUAAAAAAAGAAGAAAAAAUAUAUAAUUUAGUCACGGAAAAUGUAUACAACAAAAACUUCUAAAUGGCAGAAAAUAAAUACAACUAUUGUAAGUA